AUGGUGAACUGGGACGCUUUCAACCCCUUUGCCCGGCGCGAGUCGCACUCGACGGGCUCCAUCGUCGCGUACAAGGUUCUCACCAUCCUCACCUGGCUGCUCGCCGUCGUCUCCUCCGUCUACUAUGUCGUGUACGAACCGCACGAUGGCUUCCACGUGCGUCGCCGCAUCUGGGACCAAAACUACCUCUACCCGAGCGCCUUCACCAUGAACCACAUUCUCGGCAACGUCUACUGGGUUGGCCUCUUCGUCCUCCAGCUCGGCUACGUCGCCCACCUCUUCUCGAGAAAGGCCGAGACGGUGGCGGCGGCCGCCUCGGUCGGCAGCCACUUCAUCCUCAACAACCUCCUCCACUUUGCCUUUGUCAUGCUCUUCGUCCGUUCCCACUUCGUCUGGGCCGAGGUCGUCCUCGUCGUCAACUUCCUCAACCUCUCGACCCUCUACUUCCGCCACAACACGUCGCCGCGCUUCAUCCACGCCCCCGUCGCCUCGGGCCCCCUGGCCUGGACCUUUGUCGCCAUCUACUGGAACGGCGCGCUCAUGGUGCCCCACCAGCACAACCUCGUCGCCCGCAUCCUCGGCAACGUCUUCAUCUGGUCCAUCCUCGCCUACGGCUCCUUCUUCAUCGUCGUCUUCAAGGACUACACCAUGGGCUUCGCCCUCAGCGUCCUCUCGGCCGCCAUCGGCGUCGCCCAGUUCACCCGCCAGGUCAUCGCCCUGCAGUGGAUCUUCGCCUUUGUCAUCAUGGCCUUGCUCUUCCUCAUGACGCUCGCCAUCGCCCUGCCCGCCUGGACCGGGUGGGAACCGUGGUCGCGCCGCGAGGCGCCCGAGCCCGAUCAGGAGCGCGCCCCGCUGCUCAACGAGUAG